UUUUCAAAAACUGGAGUGACCUCCAAGCCAUCUCACAGUAUUUUCUUCUUCUUGUUCUUCUUCAUUUAAGCUCGCUUUUGCUUAAAUCAAAUCAGUUUAUCGUGGAAUUAAUUUUAAUACCAAAAGCCUAAAAUCUACGAUGUCGAUCUUCGAGUACAAUGGGAGUGCCCUAGUAGCCAUGGUAGGCAAGAACUGCUUCGCCAUCGCCAGCGAUCGGAGACUCGGGGUUCAACUCCAAACAAUCGCCACCGAUUUCCAGAGGAUUUCUAAAAUCCACGAUCGCCUCUUUCUCGGUCUCUCUGGUCUAGCCACCGAUGCUCAAACCUUGUAUCAAAGGCUUUUGUUUCGGCACAAGUUGUAUCAGCUAAGAGAAGAGAGGGACAUGAAACCUGAGACUUUUGCUAACCUUGUUUCUGCUCUUCUUUACGAGAAAAGGUUCGGUCCAUACUUCUGCCAACCAGUGAUUGCUGGAUUGGGAGAUGAAGACAAGCCCUUCAUCUGCACCAUGGAUUCCAUUGGAGCCAAGGAGCUUGCAAAAGAUUUUGUUGUAGCUGGCACUGCCUCUGAGUCUCUCUAUGGUGCUUGCGAGUCAAUGUUCAAGGAGGACAUGGAACCUGAGGAAUUGUUUGAAACAGUUUCCCAAGCCCUCCUUUCAUCAGUAGAUCGUGACUGCCUGAGUGGUUGGGGAGGACAUGUCUAUGUUGUCACCCCUACCGAAGUAAAGGAAAGAAUCUUGAAGGGAAGGAUGGAUUGAGUGCAGCAUGUGUUUUCAAGAUUCUUCAUUGCCAAACUAUAGAACUUUCAGUUUAUUUUCCAUUGACUAGUGCUGGAAUCUGAUGUACUCUGGUAAAUUCUGAAAAAAUUGAUUGACUAAGUUCUAUAUUAUCGGCAGCAUGGUGAAUUUCUGGUGCACAUGAUGCCUUCUAUUCGUUUUUCCUGUUGAUGUUUCUUAGUCUGAUUAAAUGCACGCAUUAUGUUGGAUUAUUUGGGUUGGGUUCUCUCCCAAAAUUUUAUUUGGAUGAACAUUUUUUUUCCUUUUCUCCUUAUGGUAAAUUUCCCUUGUGACUAGGACCGGGCACUGGACACUGAUUGGUGAUGGGCCUCGGUGGCUUGUACUGGGACGAAGGCCUCGGUUUUCACUUCCUAGUGAAAUCUCAUCUUGUUAGUAUAUUUAAAGGACAAAAAAAAAAA